AUGGCUGAAUUGGAGGACAAGAAACGUGGUAGAGAGCUACCUGCCGAAAGAAUAGGCGAAAGUGGGUCAGCAGAGCACGCAAAUGAGGAGCAUCAUGACAAGAAAACAAAAGUUGAUCAUGUCAACCAAAGUCGGGCUGAGGCCUCUGAUGGAAUAAAGGAAUGUGAUGUGGGUAUUACGAAGUUUAUAUCAUCUGAACUACCAGGGUUCGCGGGUCAAAUAAAGCAAAGGUACACGGACUUUAUGGUGAAUGAGAUCGACAACCAAGGCCUUGUUGUUCAUUUGACUGAUAAGGGUUUCAAGAUGCCCAAGGCUCCCAAAAAGAGCAAGGAGGAAGAACAAGAGGAAGAGAAGGAAGAAUUGGAGAAACGGAAACUAUUCAAAGUGGAUGAGCAACUCAGAGCACAGCUCGUCGAAGUGCUAGGUGAAACCGACGUAGCCAAGAUUGAAGAUGUUUACCAAAAUGUUACCAAAAUGGAGACCUCUAAAAAGUUUGAAGACAAGGCAGAACGCACUAAAGUACACCAGCUGCUUCGUGCCGCUUUCAACAACCAGUUAGAAUCAGUUACAUCACCAGAAAAUACCUUCCAUGUAGCUUUGGCCAACCGGAGGUCGCGCGUCAGCAAGAAAGAUCUCGCAGAGCGUACUAAGGAUGCUAAUGGAGUUGAAAACUGGGGCUACGGUCCGUCAUUAAAUUUCGUACAUUUUACCACCUAUAAGGAAAACAAAGACACCAUGGAUGUUGCAAAUGUGUUAGCCAGGUAUUUGCGGGUGCCAACAAGACUUAUAAGAUAUGCGGGUACUAAAGACCGCAGAGCUAUAACGUGCCAGCGUAUGUCGAUCUCCAAGAUCAGUGUUGAGAGGCUGAAUGCUCUCAAUAGAGUUCUCAAGGGCGUGGUUCUAGGUGGAUUCAAGUACGAAAAUGAGUCAUUGAGUCUGGGAGAUUUGCGCGGAAAUGAGUUUACUAUCGCAAUCAGAGACGUCAAGCUCUUCCAGGGUUCAAGUGUCUCUCUUGAAAGCAUUUUGGAAGAAGGCUGUGCUUCGAUCAGAGAAAACGGUUUUAUCAAUUACUUCGGAAUGCAGCGCUUUGGUACUUUUAGCGUUUCCACUCACGAAGUUGGGAAGUGGAUCUUGCUUGAAGACUGGGAGAAGACCACAAACUUGAUUCUUGCCGAGCAAGAGAACGUUUUGCCAAUUUCUAAAGAGGCUAGAAAAAUCUGGGCCGAAACUAAAGAUGCGGAAGCCGCAUUGAAGAAAAUGCCACGCCAAUGCGUGGCGGAAAAUGCCAUUCUCAAUGCGUUGGUUGACCAAUCCAUUAGCGAAUCCUCGCCUGUUGAUUACUUCCAAGCAAUAAACAAGAUUCCAAGAAAUUUGAGGACAAUGUACGGUCAUGCUUACCAGAGUUAUGUUUGGAACGCCAUUGCCAGUAAACGUAUAGAGCUUUUCGGUCUCAAUAUUGUUGCUGGUGACUUGGUUCUAGACGAAGGCAAUGAAAAAACAGCUGGAGCGACCAAGGCGGAGGACGGCGAAACUGACGAAGAAGAUGACUUCGCUGAAGAUUUACGUACAGCUCAAUUUGUUAGAGCCAGACCAGUCACGCAAGAAGAAGUCGACUCUGGUAAGUUUAGCAUAGAGGAUGUUGUCUUACCAACCCCUGGUUUUGAUAUUGUCUACCCAGGCAACGAGACUUUGCGCCAGCUUUACAUUGAGGUGAUGUCGAAAGAUGGUUUGGACCCUUUUGACAUGCGCAGAAAAGCUCGUGACUUCUCAUUAGCUGGUUCGUACAGAAAUGUUAUUCACAAACCCGAAAACCUCGAAUUCAAAGUACUGCACUACACAUCGCCUACCCAGCAACUUAUCAACACUGACUUUGAAAUUUUGAACAAUCAGAUAGGAAAAGAAAAUGGUCAGAGAUUCAUGAAAGAUAAACUGAAAAGAUUCCCCGACGAUAAAGGCGGAGAAAGUACUGCUGUUAUACUAACUUUCAAGCUUGGAGUCUCUGCAUACGCCACUAUGCUUCUGCGUGAACUCAUGAAAGUUGAGACUUCACGCCGCGGCGAUAUGUGCGAUGUUAAAGCCUAG